UUAAUUUGGCUCGGUUUAACUCUUUCAGCUCGACUCGGAAGGGGAGCUUAAGCCGGCCCAAAAAACCAUCGAAACAGAAGCACAAAAACCCGCAGCUUUUCUUUUUCUGUUUUGUUCAACAGACAAAAACCCUACAGCAAAGAGACACCAAAAAGAAAGAGAGACACAUUUCCAAAAGAGGUCGAAAUGUCGAGUUGGUGGCGUAUCGCCGCCGGCGACGGCCUAAGGAGGGCGGCGAGGGUGAUGAGGUCGUACCACACGAUUCAGGCCAUCCCGAGAGAGUUGAAGGGAAACAGAGUCUCGGCAAGGGACAGAGCCCAAGGCCGAAUCCCAGCUGUCGUCUUCACCCAAAGCUACCUCCAAUCAAACCCUAGCUCCUCCUCCUCCUCCAGGCUGGUAUCCAGAAAACACCUCCUGACCACCGAGAAGAAGCAGAUUCAGGCCAUCCUAGACUCCGUCCAGCUCCCCUUCUUCUGCUCCACCACCUUCCCCCUCCAAAUCCGCGCCGGGUCCGGAUCCUCCUCCCUCCUCGAAUCGGGCAAUGUCCUCCCAAUUAAGAUCCACAGGGAGCAAGAGACUGGAAAAAUCUUGAACUUGGUUUUUGUUUGGGCUGACGAGGGAACAGAGUUGAAGGUCGAUGUGCCAGUUGUUUUCAAUGGAGAAGAGGCUUGUCCUGGCCUCCAGAAAGCUCUACAGUUGGAUUAUGGAUUUGAUCAUCUGAUUCAGCCAAGCACGCUUACCUUUAGGGGCGUUCUUGAUGAUUUAAGUUUUUCCUUUUUUAGGUUACUGUUGUAGAAACAUUCAUUGAAUUCUAGAUCAAUCCAACAACUGUAGGCACAUGAUUUCGUCUCAAUUUUUGAUAAAAGAGAUAGGCAGUCCGUUUGUAAAAUUGAACUUGAUGAAAAAAUGUGAAUAAUGAUAUUAGAUGAUCUUUUUUCCUGAAUAAAGUCUCAGUUUAUGAAAGUGGACCUUCGUGUGUGAAGAUUUCGCUGGACUGUAUGGGGUCCUAUCAUAUCGCUAACGGCGAAAAACUGAUCUCUGCAUGUAUUGCAAGUUACUGGGUUUUUCUGCGGAAAAUACACAAGUCCAAUUGGAGCCUAGUUUUCCCCCAAAGGGUGAUUAAGAUGUUGUCAAAUGUACGUCAAUACAUCCAAAUGUUUGCUGAGAGCGUUGCUUAUCAGGAAUCCAGAAAGAACACUACGUAGUACGUAUUGUUAAUAACAAAAA